AUGUUGGCUACCAUGAAGAGAGUGAGAUUUGAAAUUGGAUUGUUAAGUGCUCAAGCUUUCAAUCACGGAAGUGGGUGGACAUUUCAGCCAAUACCCGGAAUAAAAUUGCCCAAAUCAUCAACUCAGUGGUCUGAGGCCAACGUAUACUUUCAGUUGGAAUUUAAAUGCUUAGACGCUAUCACAGAUAUCGACAGUUUCGCUAACAGGUUCCAAGAGGCAAUCUACUCAUAUUUUGCUACCAACUGUGGCACUAUAAAAAUGAAAUCAAAACCUGUUGAGCACAUAAAUCGUGAUAUUAGGCGUUUAAAAACAAAAUUGAGAAAUUUAAAAUCGUUGGCUCAGAUCGACACUCAAUUCAACAAUGAAAUACGUAUGCUGAGCAAACAGAUUAGGGCAAUACUAAAAACCAAUAAAAUACUAAAAAAUGAUAACAACAACAUUUCUUCUCAACUAAAAAAAAACUUUUGGAAAACAUGUAACAACAUCUUUUCAAACUCAACUUUGCAGUCUCCACACCUCAGCAUCGAAGCUGCCACCAAUUUUUUCAAAAACACCUUAAACGCUAGCGAUCGCACAACGUUUCGCAUCCCUAAUUGGAUUAAUUCACUUCCUGCUCCUUCAUUCCAAGGUAAUUUGGAUCCGCCAUCUUAUAAAGAAAUUACAACAGUUAUUCGUAGAAGUAAAGCAAUGGCAUCUCCAUGCCCACUGGACCAAAUCUCAAUUAUUGCCCUCAAAAGAUGCCCAAUAAUAAGGACGUAUCUACAUAAAUUAUUAUCGUAUGACAUUUACUGUGACAGGAACAAGCUAUAA